AUGAAUUUCGAUAAAAGUCUAAAAAACAAGCAGACUCUUUCUUUCACAGGAUUUUCACCAUCAAAAUCAAAUAUUAAUAUUGAGGCAUCUCGUAAGAAUCUGCAAAGUUCAUCCUUUGGAUCACCUCAUCAUGCACAAUCACUUGAAGCUUAAUUAAAAUAAGAAUUUGAAGCUUAAUAUAAUGAAAGAAUUUUAACAAUGCGAAGCUUUUAUGAUAUGAAAUAUUAAACUCUCUUUGAAACAGUCAAAGAAACUCUUGAUAAAGUAGAUAUUUAAAUGUACAAAGUUAGAUUAUGAAUGAUGAAUUAAUUGAUACUAUGAAACAAGAUAUCACCUCAUAAGAAUUUGUAUAUUAGAGAGUUAGAGAGAUGUUUGAAGAAAUAAUUCUAAGUGAAAGAGAAGUCCUUAUAGAAAAGCUAUCUUCUUAAUAUGCAUACUUGAAAAUGGAAUUUGGAAAAAUUGAAUAAGAUAAAAGAAAAGUAAUAUAUUCAUCAAUUAUGUAGUUAGCAAUAGAGUUAUAAAUGAUAUAGGAUGAACAAGCAGAUAAAGAAGCACAAGCCUAAAACUAGGUUUAAUAAGCUUAAGAACAAAUUUCAUAUUUAUAACAGAAUAAUGAUUAGCUGUAAUUAUUUAUAUUAAACAAAAAGAAAUAACAAAGUUUCUCAAUUAGAAUUAAAAUUAUCUUCAGCUAGUUAAACUGCUAAGGAGGUUUAACAACUUUAAACUACAGCUAAAGAAUAUAAUAUUCUUAAGGAAGAAUAUGAAUAGUUAGUUUAAACAAAUGAUAAAUUAUAAUUAAUUAAUAAACAGCAAGUUUAGGAGAUCGAAUAAUUACAUAAAAUUAGUGAAAACUUAUAGCUAAAAGUAUAGUAAUUGAAUAAAAUUUAUUAAGAAUUAGAAGGAGAAGUUAUUUCAUAUAAAAAAAAAUCAACUGAUUCAGAAGCUAAAACACAAUUUACAAUUUCAAAUUUAUAAAAUUAAUUAGAAGCUGUUACUUUAUAAUUUAAUUAAUAAAAAACAGACUAUGAAAAAAGGUUAGAAAAAGAAGCUCAAGCUUUUGAAAAUGAAGUCAACAAGCUAAGCUAAAAAUUACAAAAGAAAAAGGAAAAAUCAACAUUUCAUAAAUCAAAUGCUAAGUAGUUAUAGAUUCGAUUAGAUUAAUUAAUAAGAGAUCAUGCUGAAUAGUUAUAAAAUGAAACAUAAUAGUUUCAAAGAAAGAUUAAUGAAUUGUAAUAACAGAAUUAAUAUCAAUUGCAAUAAGCUCAAAAAUAGAUUGAUGAUUUAAAAGAUUCUCAUGAAAAAAACAUUUAUAAUAUAAGAAACUAAUUUGAAUAAAUCAAUAAACAAUAAUGUGAUGAUUCAGAUAAAUAAAAAAUUAAUUUAUUAAAUGAAUUAGAUAGAGUUCAAAGUGAAUUAGAAUCUGUUGUUUUAUAAUAAUAGUAAUAAAUUGAAAGCAAUUACAUCCCUAAAAUUUAAUAUGAAUAAUAAGUUAAGGAAUUACAAAAGAAAAUAACUGAGACAAAUCAAAAGCUUAGAGAAUAGGAUGCUUAGAUGAAAAAAUAAUAAGAUGAAUUUGAAAAUUAUAAAGAAUAAUGGAAUAGACAAUAGAACAAAUUACAUUUGGAUGUUAAAGAUAGGAAUGAAAUUUAGGAAUAACUAUUAGCUAGAGAAGAAACAAUAAAUAAUCAAAAUAAAUAAAUAUUAUAAUUAACAUAAUAGGUGAAGAUGUUGGAAUCCGAUUAUCAAAGAUUAUAGGAGAGAUCAAAAUAAUAAUUGGAGUAUAUUGAAGAAUUGAAAAACGAUGUAAGUAAUCGUUAGAGUGAAGUUCUUAAGAUUUAAAAAUAGUUAAAGUAACAAAAAGAUGAACUUAUGGAAUAAUAUAGACAAUUAGAAGGAGAAAAUAAAACAAAAAAUGAUAAAGUUUAACUAUUAAAUUCAUAAUUGGAAAGAUUAUUAAAUGAGUCAUCAGAAAAUGAAAAAUUGUUGAAUUAUAAAAGCAAAGAAUUAUAGUAAUUAGAAGAUGAAUUAAUGCAAUAUUAAAAUUUUAAAAGAAAUGCAUAACAAUUGUCUGAAGAAAAUGAAUAAUUGAGAGUUUAGAUUGAUAAGUUGAUUAAUAUCUAGGAGUUACAAGAGUAAAAAUAAGAUGAAAUAAAAAAGUAAUUGGAAACUGAAUUAAAAUAAAAGAAUUAAUUAAUUCUUAACAAUGAAUCAUUGAUGUAAAGACAUUAAAAAUAUGUAAAAACGAUAAAAGUAAAAUAUAAAAAAAUAUUCUAGGAAUAAAGAAAGUAUAUAAAAAGAAGAAUUAUAAGUGAGCUAUAAAAAAUAAAAUAGGAACAUGCAAGUUUAGAAUAAUAUUUAAGAUAAAUUAUGAGAAUGAAAAAUAAUGAAGAUAAUUUGUUGAUUGCAUCAAUAGUAACAAAAGUAAAAGAUUUAUGGAACAGAAAAGAAAUUUAACAUGAAAAUGAAAUUGUAUAAAUAUAAAUGCUAUAUUAAGUUAAAAAUAAGGAAUGAAAUAUUUGAUUAGUAUAGUGGAAGUGCAUCACAUUUAAGAACAGCAUAUGAAUAAACAUUAGAUGAGACUUAAAAAUAAUUUGAAUAAUAAAUAGAGAAUCUAAGAGAUGCAAAAGAAAAAAUGGAAGAUGAAAAUAAAGAGUUAUUACAUGAAUUAUAAAAAGUUUAAGUGAUUUUAGAAGAUUAAUCAGCUUUGAUAACAAAUUUAAAAAAUGAAAAUAAAACAUUAAAAAGUAAUGGAAUGCUCAUAGAGAAUGAACUAUCUACAACUUUGAAAAACAUGAAUGAUGUAAAUUAAUAAUAUUAUUGUAUUUAGAUGAAAGAUUCUUUUGAAGAUUAAAUAUAAGAAUUAACAAAAUAAUUAAAAAAGUAUGAAAGAAAGUAAUAACAUUAAUAAGAUUUGAAAGGAUAGAUUGAUAAUUUAUAAAAUGAAUUAGAAAAAUUAAGAACUCUUAAUAGGUCUAAUACUUAAGAGACAGAAAAUAGAAUAGCAAAAUUAGUAAAGCAAUAACAAUCAGAAGUUCAACUAUUAGUGAAUUAAUUUUAAAGAGAAUAAAUUAAGCUUAGAUAAGAGUAAUCAGAUUUAAAAGAUCAAGUAUCUUAAAAUGAAGAAAUUAUUCAUAAGCUAUAUUAAUCUCUUGAUGAUGUCAAUUAAAUUGUGAAUUAAAAAGAUAAAUAAUUGUAGAAUUUAAUUGAGGAUAUUGAAUAAGAAAGAACUUCUGAUUAAUAAAAAAUUACAGAUCUUUAAAAUAAGUAUAAUUUUUUAAUAAAAAUAGAUUGAGAAGAGAAGAAGAUGAAAUUAAAGUAAUUAAAUAAAAGGGAUAGAGAGAUAUAGAAAAAGUUUAAUUAUAAAUAGCAUCAGCCGAAUCUGAAAUUAGUUAAUUUAAGAUAGAAAACAAAUAACUAAGAAUAUAAUGUGAAUAAUUGGCAGAGGAAUUAGAAAAAAAAACUAAGUAAUUUGAUUAAUUGAAUCGUGAAUAUGAAGAUUAAAAAAUUAUUUAAAAUUAAGAAAUUGCUGAUUUACAUAGGUUUUUUUGUAUAUUUAUAAUAUUUAGAUUGCUUAAAAUACAAGUGUAAAAUGAUGACAUGUCAAAUUAUUAUAGUGAGAGUAAGGAAUUAGCUCAAAGAGUUAAGGAAUUAUAAAAAAUUAAUUCAUAGUUCUCUGAUAGUAAUUAUCCAAGACGAUAGGAAUCAUCAGUUUAGAAAUUUGAUAGUUCUAAAAAAUUAAAUUCAAGUAACAACUUGAAACCUCGCCUAGCUAAUUAUACUCCCAUGACUAAAAAAUGAGAAUGAUGA